UGUCCUCGGGGGUAAAGACGACAGGGCGCGCGGCACUGAUCCCGUCGAGCAGCUUGUUAGCUUCUAGGUACAGCGCAUGGCGGUCGUCGCCGUGGACGGCGCGGCGGCCGCCAUCAAGAUGACCAAGAGGAGGUGGGCGCUGGCCGCGCAGUCCUCCGUCGCGCUCUCCGUCGUCGCCCUGUGCGCGCUCCUCAACGCCCCGCGCUUCUUCUCCGCGCCCGCCCCGCACGGCCCCAUCGUCGGCUUCUUCGCGCCCAGAUCGACGAGCAGCGCGGCGUCGGCGGAACACCACCUCGGGUUCGAGCACGUCGGCGUCCGCGGCGAUGCGGAUAGGGAGGGCAACGGCGGCGACGCGGAACGGGAGGGCGGAAGCGCUCCGCGGCAGGUUCUCGACAACCAGGUGGGCUCCCCGUGCUCGUCGCUGCCCAGCCACAGCAUCUGCUGCGACCGCUCGGACUACCACUCCGACGUCUGCUUCAUGGCCGGCGACGUGCGCACGGACCCCACGUCCCUCUCGCUCCUGCUGUUCCCGCCGGCGGCGACGCCCGCCGGCGCGGCCGCCGCCGCCGCCGCCGUGGAGGAGCGGGUACGGCCCUACACCCGCAAGUGGGACGGGUACAUCACCAAGACCAUCGACGAGGUGAGGCUCCGGGCGGCCCGACCGGAGGAGGCCGCCGCGGCGCACCGGUGCGACGUCCACCACGACGCGCCGGCCUUCGUCAUGACGGCGGGCGGGUACAGCCACAACCUCUUCCACGUCUUCAACGACGGGUUCCUGCCUCUGUGGCUGACGGCGCAGCACCUCCGCCGCCGCGUCGUGCUCGCGGUGCUCGCGUACACCCCGCGGUGGGCCGGCAAGUACGGCGAGAUCAUCUCCGGCCUCUCGGCGUACCGCGUCGUCGACCUUCUCCGGGACCCGAGGACGCACUGCUUCCCCGGCGCCAUCGUCGGGACCCGCUACCACGACUACCUCGCCGUCAACUCCACGCGGCUCCGGGACGGCAAGACCAUCGUCGACUUCCACCAGUUCCUCGCCGGCGCGUACGGCGCCGGCGGCAGCAGCAAGCCGGCGGCGGCGACGCCACCGCCGGGGCAGCGGCGUCCGAGGCUCGGGAUCGUGUCGCGCAGGGGGAGGCGCGUGAUCGAGAACCAGGCGGCCGUGGCGCGGCUGGCGGCGUCGGUCGGGUUCGACGUCGAGAUCAUGGAGACGGGCGCCGGGGCGCCGCUCCCGGCCGUGUACGCGGCGGUGAGCUCGUACGACGCGCUGGUGGGCGUGCACGGCGCGGACCUGACCGCGCUCCUGUUCCUGCGCCCGGGGCGCGCGGCGCUCGCCCAGGUCGCGCCGCUGGGGAUCGCGCUGCUCUCGCGCAACCUCUUCGGCGUGCCAGCGGCGGCGAUGGGGCUGCGCUACGAGCAGUACGACGUGAGCGCGGCGGAGAGCUCGCUGAGCCGCAGGUACCCGGCGGGCCACGUCGUCGUGGCCGACCCGGCGAGGGCGAGGCGGGAGCAGGGGGGCAAGGAGUGGGAGCUCGUGGAGCACGUGUACCUGCGCGGGCAGAACGUGAGCCUGGACCUCGUCAAGUUCCGGGAGACGCUGGCCAGGAUGCACUCCUGGCUCAAGGAGGAGCCACAGCAAAGCCAUGUGGCCAAAAGUGCAGAGGCAUUUACCUAAAAUGUUUUCCUGAAAAAAAAUACCUAAAAUGUAGCCUUGUUAUGAUAUAGAAAUGGUCAUCAUUAUUACUACUUUACAUUUCUAUGUACAGUUAGUGGAACACAUAGAUGUCGUCAGAUGGCCUUCCUGCGUGGCUCUACUGGCCGUUUGGAGGCUUGGGCUCUAUGCCCAGUUACUUGUUAGGUUGAGGCAGGUGUGGUCAUGGAUGAAAGCUCUGUCCGGCUUCGGUUGUGGCCAACAAUAAUGGCGAUCCCCUCAAGCAACAUUCACCUCGUGUAGAGGUAUUGUUGCGUGCUAGCUUGUGGAAUCCUUCGGGUGAAAAUCCAAUUUGGAAU